ACUUCACAUCAAAUCGUGUUCAUUCAACAACAUGUUAAAGUUUGUAAUUCUAUUGUCAGCUGUUGCCUGCGCUUUGGGUGCUGCUGUGCCUGAAGGUAUGCUGCCUCAAUUGGAUGGUCGUAUUGUGGGUGGUGUGGCCACCACUAUUAGCGAUUACCCCUGGCAAAUUUCCCUCCAACGUUCCGGUUCACACUCUUGCGGUGGCUCCAUCUAUAGCUCUAACAUUAUUGUCACAGCUGCUCACUGCUUGCAAUCCGUUUCUGCUUCCGUCUUGAAGGUACGUGCUGGUUCCACCUACUGGAAUAGUGGCGGUGUUUUGGUUAGUGUUGCUGCUUUCAAGAAUCAUGAAGGUUACAACUCCCGCACCAUGGUCAACGAUAUUGCUGUCAUCAAAUUGGCCUCUUCCUUGACCACCAGUUCGAACAUUAAGGCCAUCGCUUUGGCUUCUACUGCUCCCGCAAAUGGUGCUGCUGCUGUAGUUUCUGGUUGGGGUACUACUUCAUAUGGUGGUUCCUCUUUACCCACCCAAUUGAGAGCCGUUGAUGUUACCAUUGUCAGCACCAGUUCCUGCGCUUCUUCCACUUAUGGUUAUGGUUCGGAAAUUAAGUCCAGCAUGAUCUGUGCCUACACUGUAGGCAAAGAUGCUUGCCAAGGUGAUUCUGGUGGCCCCUUGGUUUCCGGUGGUCAAUUGGUUGGUGUUGUUUCUUGGGGUUAUGGUUGCGCUUAUGCCAACUAUCCAGGUGUCUAUGCAGAUGUUGCUGUUCUCCGCAGCUGGGUUGUCAAUACCGCUAAUUCGAUUUAUAGUUUACUAAUUUCUUUUAGUAUGUUGAAGUUUGUGAUUUUAUUGUCGGCCAUAGCUUGCGCUUUGGGUGCUGCCGUUCCCGAGGGUAUGCUUCCUCAAUUGGAUGGACGCAUUGUCGGCGGUGAAGCUACCACCAUCAGCAACUUCCCCUGGCAAAUCUCCCUUCAACGUUCUGGCUCUCACUCUUGCGGUGGUUCCAUCUACAGUUCUAACAUCAUUGUGACUGCUGCUCACUGCUUGCAAUCCGUGUCCACCUCUGUCUUGAAGGUACGUGCUGGUUCUUCCUACUGGAACUCCGGUGGUGUUGUUGUCAGUGUUGCCGCUUUCAAGAACCACGAAGGUUACAGCUCACGCACCAUGGUCAACGAUAUUGCUGUCAUCCGUUUGGCCUCUUCCUUGACUAUGUCCUCCUCCAUCAAACCCAUUAGCUUGGCUACUGUUGCUCCUCCUACUGGUGCUGCUGCUGUAGUAUCUGGUUGGGGUACCACCUCUUCUGGCGCCUAUGGCAUUCCCUCUCAAUUGAGAUAUGUCGAUGUUCAAAUGCUCAGCACCUCCGCUUGUGCUUCCUCCACGUACGGUUAUGGCUCUGAAAUCCAACCCACCAUGAUCUGCGCCUACACUGUCGGUAAAGAUGCUUGCCAAGGUGACUCCGGUGGCCCAUUGGUUUCUGGUGGUCUUUUGGUUGGUGUUGUCUCUUGGGGUUAUGGUUGCGCCUUCACCAACUACCCUGGUGUCUAUGCUGAUGUUGCCGUUCUCCGCAGCUGGGUUGUAAAGACUGCUUCAACUAUCUAAAUGUUUUUCGAGUUUAAUAAAAAAUUGUUUACGAUCACCUAAUAA